GUGCCUGGAGGGCAGGGGAAGACGCUGUCACCAGGCCGCUGCCUCUGCUUUCCCUCAGACCCAAGCCCAGAGCCGCUCAGAAUGGGACCUUCAGGAAGGGAGCCGAGGUUCCUGGCUUUGGAAGCGACGACACAGCUCAGGAGGGCUCGCUCAGCCCCUGGGGCGCCUCCAGAGGCCAGCUGUGGGCAGCGCCUCUGACAUGGCCAACUAUCCCUCCAUGGAGCUGGAGAGCCCAGCACUGGCAGCAGACCCUGCUGGUGCCAGGCACCCCUCAUGCCCAGUGCCGGUGCCUGGGCAUUUGGAACAGGAAACCCCAGACUGCACUUGCCUGCAACCCCCAUAUAUGGCCCCAGAGGUCCCUCUGAAUCCUGAGCCACCCAGCACCGUGGAAGACAUGCCGCCCCGCCCAGCAUCCUUUCCCAAGGCAGAAGGGGCAAAGGGCAAGCCUGCCACCCCAGGGCCAGCACUGCCAGAGCCAGCCCAGAUCCUACCGGAGCGAACCUCUGCCAGGAAGACCCGCUACCACAUCACUGUCAUCCUGCAGGGGCGUGGGCUGACACCUGGGGAGGAGGGUGGGGAGCCCAAACCGGCCCAACCAGCUCUUCACCCCUUCUGCCCUGAGGAAUUCAGGGCCUGGCUGGAUCCUCCCCAGGGGCCCCGCCCCAUCACGGGGUGCCCAACUGACCCGCCCCAGGAGCCCCGGCUAAGAGCCCCACGGCAUCAGAAGAGCACGGCCCAGCAGCAGGAGAUCCAGGCCCACUGGACACCUGGGUCCCAACACACACGGGAGCUGGGCCACAGGGAGCCAAGGACACUUCAGGACAGGUUGCUGGGGCCCAGCAUGGAGGAGGCAGGUGGGCCCCCAGCUCGGGCCGAGGCCCGGGUGGUGAGUGCCAGGCUGACGUGGCGACAGCGGCCCCCUGCCAAGGAAGAGGUGAGACAUCACUUUCACAAGGUGUCCCUGGUGUCGGACGCCCGGAUGGAAGCCCCCCAGGAGGAGAUGUUUGAGUACAGCCCCCGUGGAGAGAAAGUCAAUGGCUUCGCUGCAAGGAGAGAAGAGACUGUGAAUCAUCAAGCCCCCCCGGUUGGGGCUGGUUCCAAGAGCUGCCAGAGCCAUGGGCCCAUCUUUUCCAAGAAGUACACACUACCCCCCAAGGAGAAAAGGCUGGUGAGGAGGCUGAAAGAGGCUGUGGACCAGGGAGAUGGCAGCUCCCAAGACCCUAGGACGGAGCCAUCACGCCUGGGAGCCAUGGCCAGGACGGAGCUCUUGGUGCCCCUGCCGGGGCCCCGUGAGCCGAGCCCCCACCCAUGUGUGAACCGUGAGGAGCGGCAGGUGACACGCACCGUGCGGACCACUGUGGUGGUAGGCGGGCAUGUGGACCGAAGGGUGACCAGCUCUGUGACCUUGGAGCCAGUGCUCCCGGGCGAGGCCCUGCCACGGGGCCGCCAUGCUGUCCGGGCAGUGGUGGUGGGCCACAAGCCUGAGGGCUCGCCCAGCCGCAGUCAGGCCCUGGAACUGCUCAGUAGCCGGCUUUCCAGGCCCAUGGCUUCUGUGUCAAGGAGUCCAGGUCUGGGCAGUACAGAGGGCACAGCCCUGGGGCAGCUGCCUGAGACGGGGACAACAGAGCCAAAAGGCAGAUCUGCCCUGGCCCCUGCAGGCAUCCCUGAGCGUGCUCACCCACCUCAGAACCAAGAGGCCCCUGCAGCCCAUCCAGACCAAGACCAGGGCCAAGCUCUGGGUGCCAAGGCCCAUAAGGUCCCAAGGGUGCAGGGAGCCUCCAACCCCACCCAGCUCCCUCUCCACACCUCUCAGGGCCACGCCUUAGUACCCUCUUCUCCCAGAAUCCAGAUCCAUGCCCCCUCCCUGGGCCUAGACCACCUUCCUGAGCAGUCUGUGGUGCCCACUCACCCCAGGGCCCAGCCUGCUCUGGAUCCCAGGGGACCCCAGGCCCUGCCCUCUGUGAAAAGGGAAGAGCUCACAGAUACCCCUGCUGCCACCAUCAUGCCCAGGGUAAGGAGUGAGGUUGUUACAGUCCCUGGAGAACCCCCAUCCCCUACAAGAAGAAAGGCUGUCUCUAGCCCAGACAAUCUUUCUGCUCCAUCUUCCCCAAGGAAUAAGGUUGUUCAGGACCCUGAAAAUGUUCCUAUCUUCUCCCUCACCCAGAAAGACAUAGUGCAGGGCCCUGAUGCUCCUGCGGACCCCUCCCCCACCCAGAAAGAGGUUGUGCAGGCUCCUAGUGCUCCUGCUGCCGCAUCCCCCAAACCAACCAAGGUUGUCCAGGGCCCGGAAGACAGGCCUAGCACCCAAAAGGAGGUUGUCCAGGUUAGUGAAGGCAGCUUUGGCGCUUCCCUCACCAAGGAAGAGUCUGCUCAGGGCCUGAUUGCUCCUGCUAUCCCAUCCCCCCAGGAGGAUAAGGCUGUCCAGGGCUCUGAAGGGAGCCCCGUCUCAUCUCCCACCCAAAAAAACGUUGUCCAGGGUCCUGCUGUUCUCCCUGCUCCCUCCUCCCCAGUGGGCAAGGUGCUCCCCAGCCCAGGAGGCCCCUCUGCCCCAGAGCCAAUGGAAGCAGAGGCCAGCCAAGAGCCCCGGCUUAUCCCUGGCCCCACUGAAGACAAGAUGCUCCCGGACCCAUCGAGGGAGGAGGAGGAGCUGGUCCUGGCGGCUGACCUGGAGAUGUUCCUGGACACCCUGCGGAGCAUGGAGCCCCCUGAGAUCCUCCGCACCCACCGGCUGCCGCGAGCCCCCCGCUCCUCCUACCUGGCCAUGUACGCCACGCUGCCUCCUAUCGAGGAGGACCAGCCCAGGCCUUGGGUGCUGGGACCCAGCCCCCAGGAGGUGCCAGCACUGGAAGGAAAGGAGGAAGAGGAGGAAGAGGAAGAGGAGGAGGAGGAGGAGGAGCAGCCAGAGAACCCCUACCUGAGUGAUGAUGAGAAGCUUCAGCGCAGGCAGGAGAAAGCUGGGCCCGGGCCCUCCUGGGACUUCCUCCCUCCCAGGCCCCCCCAGGCCUCUUACUCGCCUCUGGAGAUGAUGAAGAAGCAUGUCACAGACGCCAAGGGCUCCCAGCCGGAGCCAGGGCCAGAGCGGCAGGCGGGCACGAGGCCCACCUCCCGUCUUGAAGGCAGUCUUUUCUUUGGGGGUAUGGUGUCUGCCACCAAGGAGGCCCCCACCUCGGAAUCACUAGGCACAAAACUAUCCGCUCUGCCUCCCCAUGGGGCACCAGGACUCAGAAAGGUGCCGGGACAGCUGCCCCUGCUCUGCAGUGACAGGUCGCCGCCAGAGAAGCCCCCGUGCGCCAGGCCCCCUGAGGGCUGGAGCCCGGCAUCGAAGACCCAGGGCAAGCUGAACACCAGGCCAGGAAAGGUGGUCCUCUUCUCAGAGCCCGGCUGCCAAGGAAGCAGCAGGGAGGUUUGGGAAGACAUUGCUGAUGCCUCUAGCUGGGCCCCCGUGGCCUCCAUCAGAGUGGUCCGAGGCUGCUGGGCGCUGUAUGAAGAGCCAGAGUUCCGGGGCCGGAAGCUGGUCCUGCCUGAAGGAGAUGUGGAGCUCAAAGCCGCGGGGCCCGUGUGGAGUAUCCACAGCAUCGGCUCCCUCAGGAGAGCCGUCCGGGACUACAUUACCCCAGAGAUCAGCCUGUACUCCGAGGAGGGCCUCAAGGGGGAGCACGUGAAGCUAACCCAGGCCUUGGAGGACCCCCAUAGCCUGAAGAGGCCCCUGCAGGUGGCAUCUGCCACUGUCUCUGCAGGACUGUGGCUGCUGUACCCCAAACCCUUCUUUGAAGACACUCCCUGCAUCCUGGAGCCUGGAGAGUACCCCACCUCUAAGGACUGGGGUGCAUCAGACCCCAGCGUGGGCUCCUUGAAACCCCUGAGUUUGGGCUGCCCAAGAGUGGAGAAGCCAGGGGAGCCCAAGGCUGUGGUGUAUGAGGCCCCAGGCUUUCAAGGCCAGAGCUGGGAAGUGAGCCGAGACAUCUACAACCUCCAGCAGCCGGAGGACAGCCACAGCCCCCACCUGGCCUCUGUGGGGUCCCUGCGAGUUCUUGGAGGCUGCUGGGUUGGCUAUGAGAAGGAAGGCUUCCGGGGCCACCAGUAUCUGCUGGAGGAGGGGGAAUACCCUGACUGGUCACACUGGGGAGGCUAUGACGAGGCGCUGACCUCCCUGCGGGUCAUCCGGACGGACUUCGCGGACCCGGCCGUGGUGCUGUUUGAGGCCGUGGACUUCGAGGGGCACAGCGCAGAGGUGAGCGAGGCGCUGCCGGACGUGGAGCUGGCGGGACACGGCCCGCACACUCAGGCGAUCCACGUGCUCAGCGGCGUGUGGGUGGCCUAUCAGGAGGCGGGCUUCUCCGGGGAGCAGUACGUGCUGGAGAAGGGCGUGUACCGCAACUGCGACGACUGGGGCGCGGGCAACAGCGCCCUCGCCUCGCUUCAGCCGGUGCUGCAGGUCGAGGAGCAAAAUCUGCACUUUAUCUCUAAGAUUCAGCUUUUCUCGGGCCCCGACUUCCUGGGAGACCACAUCUCCUUCGAGGAUGACCAGGCAUCUCUGCCCGCCUCUUUCCAGCCCCAGUCCUGCCGAGUGCACGGUGGCAGCUGGAUCCUGUUUGAUGAGAAGAACUUUGAGGGUGACCAGCACAUUCUCUCCGAGGGCGAGUUCCCCACUCUCACAGCCAUGGGCUGUCUGGCCUCCACAGUCCUGGGCUCGCUCAGGAAGGUACCCCUGCACUUUUCAGAGCCCUCCAUUUUCCUGUACGGACUGGAGUGCUUCGAGGGGAAGGAGAUUGAGCUCAAUGGAGAGGUGCGGAGUCUGCAAGCCGAGGGUUUCAACAACCACGUGCUGUCCGUGCGGAUCCAGGGGGGCACCUGGGUGCUGUGUGAACACAGCGACUUCCGGGGCCGCCAGUGGCUGGUGGGCAGUUGCGAGAUCACGAACUGGCUGACCUACAGCGGGACCCAGAGGGUGGGCUCCCUCUACCCCAUCAAGCAGCGCCGGGCUUAUUUCCGCCUCUGGAAUGUGGCACUGGAGGGGUUCCUGGCAGUGCCAGACCACGUGGAAGACAUGAAGGCGGGCCGUGUGGUGGUUGCUGAACCGGGAGCUGGAGGUAGCUGCGUCUGGUACUACGAAGAUGGGCUGCUGAAGAACCAGGUGGCCCCCACCAUGAGCCUGCAGGUGAUCGGGCCCCCCAGCGCAGGCUCCAAGGUGGUGCUGUGGGCCGAGAGCCGCCUGCCCCGUCAGACAUGGAGCAUCAACGACUUGGGCCACAUCUGCAGCCAGAUGUUUGAAGGUCGGAUCCUGGAUGUGAAGGGUGGCCGGGGCUACGACCGGGACCAUGUGGUGCUGUGGGAGCCGACCAAGGACAGGGCUUCCCAGAUCUGGACUGUUCAUGUGCUCUGACACCCCACCCUCCCAGGCCUGGAGGCUUUCUCCGGGAUGAAAUGUUUUUAUAAGUGUUUGUUGCUAUUGUUGUUGUGUAACAUGAGUUGUUUUCUAAUAUC